ACUGUAUAUUAUAUAGGAAAGCUGUUAUCGAAGCCCUUUGUCAGUUCUAAGUUUAAGUCGGCAGAUACAUACAGUAGGGCAGGAGUACUGCUAUGCUGAUGACAAACGAGUGUAAAAGGGCUGGACUGCUAACGUCACAACUCUUGUCAUGCAAUGCCACGCAUUCACUUAGGUACUGAGCGGUAUGCAUCAAACUUUCACAAUGUUGUUUGUAGCUUUUAUUUUGUACCUGCAGGCAUACAGUUUAUUUGUUGAUCAUGCACUUGCUGAUAAGCUGGAGGACGAAGUCAAAAUAGAAGUUUUGCACAUGCCAGAGAACUGUACGCGGAAGAGCAAGAAAGGAGAUAUGCUGAAUGCUCAUUAUGAUGGGCUCUUAGAAAAAGAUGGUUCAAAGUUUUACUGCAGCCGUACUGACAACAAGGGGCACCCUAAAUGGUUUGUAUUAGGAGUUGGACAAGUGAUAAAAGGGCUGGAUAUAGGGAUGGAUGGCAUGUGUGCUGGAGAAAAAAGAAGAUUGACCAUCCCUCCUUCACUAGCGUUUGGAAAAGAAGGGAAAGAAAAUGUACCACCUAACGCUACAGUGAUCUUCGAGGUUGAACUAUACACAGUAACAAGAGGACCCCGCAGUAUUGAGUCUUUCAAGGAAAUAGAUCUAGACAAAGACAGAUCUCUCUCUAAGCAUGAGGUCAGAGAAUAUAUGAAGAAGGAGUUUGAGAAAGGUGGUAAUAAACGCGAUGCCUCUUUCUAUGAUGUUAUAGUAGCUGAUGUGUUUCACAAGAGCGAUCACAAUGGAGAUGGCUUCAUAACUGCCAAGGAAUACAAUGUCUAUGAUCAUGAUGAGUUAUAAUGCUUCACUUCAGAUUAGCCGCUGAAGUGAUCAGCCUGAAUUAUUAUUUGCUGGAAAGAAAAUAUCAAUGAAAAUGUGAAGUUUCUUCAAGAAAUUUGAUAUGCAGGGGUUUUGUCAAAUAAAUACCACUCAAGAUG